CCGUCCACUCUUACAUGCAUCAACGGUCGAUGGGUGCCGCCAGCGUUCGGCAUCUGUACGGCAGGAGUGCCACCUGCACUUGGAACCGCGCAAUGUCUUCCGAUGGUGCAGCCACUGGGUGCAAAUUUGAUAUAUAGCAGUGGUGCAACGAGCGCUGCACUUGCCGGAGCACAGAAUCACGGGACCACAGUUACGAUCAGAUGCAACGCCAACUCAGUCGUGUCAGGUCCAACCGUAGCAACAUGUGUGAACGGUCAGUGGCAGCCGCCAACUUUGGGAGUUUGCACCAACGUCAACCCGGGCGCUCCCCUUGUUCCUGGUGCCGGUGGAACCGUCGUCAGCGGACUGUCGACGAAUUCACCCUGUGGUCUGGGCGUAGUACCACCGCUGAACAGCAAUGUCAUCUACAGUUCGACAGCACCGUAUCCCGAGGGAUCUACUGCCACUUUGAUCUGCAAUCCCGGAUAUGUCGUGAGCGGACAAUCUGUCGUCACGUGUCGAAAUGGUCUAUUCGGCCUGUUGGGAUCGUGCGUCAGGAUCGGCUAA